CGAAAAACCAGAAUCUUCUUUGUCGCCGAAGAACAACCAAAGGUCUCGUCGAUGGCUGCUAGGUUUCUUGGUCUGAGACGCGCCCUAUCUCAAUACCUCACUAAUCAACAACCUCGGCUUCCUCUGUUUAAAGCAGGUAGGCUUUCACAAUCAAAGCCACUCUUGAACAGAGACUAUGCAUAUCUGGGAUCACUUCAUAGGCACUUCUGUGUAUCCCGUAAUGCUAGUGAAGCAUCUUCAGUAACCAAUAGCUGCUGCAACUCUUCAAACUCUGCUUCUGAACUCUCCAAAGCUUCUUCCACCUCCCCUGCAGCAACAGCCUCUGAGGAACUGAUUGUGAAAUACAAGUCCCAGUUGAAAAUAAACCCGAGGCAUGACUUCAUGAUGGUGUUUACUUGCAAGGUGUGUGAGACGAGGUCUAUGAAGAUGGCGAGCAGAGAGUCAUACGAGAAGGGAGUUGUUGUGGUGCGGUGUGAGGGGUGUGAUAAUCUGCAUUUGAUUGCAGAUCGUCUUGGUUGGUUUGGAGAACCGGGGAGCGUGGAGGAGUUGCUUGCUGCUCGUGGGGAUGAGUUCAAGAAAGGGUCUAUGGAUUCUCUUAGUCUUACUGUUGAAGAUUUGGCUGGGAAAAAGAUGUCUGAUGAAUAGAGCAUGAAGCUGUUUGUUGCUUUUUAGCUAUUAAUCCACUGCUUGCACUUUCUAUAUUGAUUUUUGAAAUGAUAUGGUGUUAAAAUUAUAAUGUGAAUACAUUGAGCUUUGGUUUUUAAGCAAUCGUUGAAUGAGCACAAGAGAGUGAAGUUGAAACACUAUUUAUACUAAAGGCUGCUACAUUGGUCCUGGUUUGAGAAUUUGUACCUUUGGUUAAAACCAGUUUGUUGACAAUAUAGGACCAAACAUG